CACGGUGAAAGUCUUAAUCUGAGUCUGACUUUCAUAAUCUGUUAUCACUGAGCAUUUGACUCGGACGUCUUCUGUCGUUUGAAUCCUAAAAUAUUUGUAAUAAGUGGUUGGUGGAUUCUAUCGCGGGUGUGUAGGAACUAAGAUCGUUCUUCCGGAUAUGGCCCGGCGUCUAUCGCCAGUUGUGUGUCUGUUUUGUUUUGUUUUAUGGAGUGUGUUUAAAGCAGCAGAUGUUUCUGUAGCUCUACACAGGCAGAAGAGAGAAUGGGUUGUCCCACCUAAAAUUCUGGAGGAGAAUGUGGACUAUACCAAAAGCGGACCUAUUGCUAGAAUUCGCUCAGACAAGGAGGAGAUUGGCAGGUUGAGAUACUCCCUAUCGGGUAUUGGAGCUGACAUGACACCCUACAACUUGUUUGUAGUGGACGCUUCCACAGGCGAAGUGCGAAUAACUGGGAUCCUGGAUCGAGAGGAAAUUGCCCAGUACAAUAUCUCUGGAAAGGCUACAUUCGUUAAUCGUACUGAGGCAGAGAAUAUUAUUCAGUUGAGGAUAAAGGUGAAAGAUCAGAAUGACAAUUCACCCAUCUUCCCCACGGAUAUUUCACCAGGCUCUGUGUAUGAACUCUCUGCUUCAGACUCCUCCGUGAUGACUAUACGAGCAACUGAUAGGGAUGAGCCUGGGAACAUCAACUCUCAGAUUUUAUAUGAAAUUAUCAACCAGGAGCCUGCAGGGAAGAGGAUGUUCAAGAUCAAUCGUAACGGUGAAAUACGGGUUAGUGGCUCUAACCUAGACCGAGAGGCUAAUGACCGGUAUGCACUCACUAUAAAAGCUUCAGAUCUCAAUGGGGCGCCAGGGUGCCUCACAGGAACGGCGAGAGUCAUCAUCAACAUCCUAGAUGUCAACGACAACAUUCCAACACUGGAGAGAGAAUCUUACGAAUGCAGCAUUGAGGAGAACACAGAAGACUUAGAGGUGAUGAGAAUUAAAGCCAAGGAUCUGGAUUUGGUAGGCACGGAAAACUGGCUAGCCAAGUUCUUCAUUGUCACAGGCAACGAAGCAGGACAUUUUAGCAUUUACACUGACCCAAACACCAAUGAGGGAGUCCUGGUGCUCAACAAGGCUGUGGAUUAUGAGGAAAUCAAAAAUAUGAAUCUGGGCCUUGCUGUGUCCAAUGUGGCACCUUAUCACCCCUCAGUGGAGGGGGGUGCAGGGACAGUCUCAGUGGUGGUGUCACCAGGAGGAGCCGGAGAUGGUACUGGUGCUGGUGGAGGAGCUGGAGCAGGGGCAGGUGGAGGUGGUGGAGCAGGGGCAGGUGGAGGUGGAGGUGGAGGUGGAGGUGGAGGUGGAGGUGGAAGUGGAAGUGGAAGUGGUGGAGCAGUGCCAGGAGCGGCUGUUGUAGGUAUCCCAGGAAGUCCAGGACAUCCAGGAAGCCCAGGAAGUCCAGGUGGUAAACUUUACAAUGUGAAUGUCAAUGUAAAGAACCAACCUGAGGGACCUGUUUUCAAACCCAAAGUGAAAGCAAUUCCCAUUUCUGAAGAUGGAAAGAUGUUUGACAUAACAAAGAUUAUUGCUAAGUACCCUGCUAUCGAUGGGGAUACAAAGUUGCCUGCUGAGAAUGUCAGAUAUGUUAAAGGCGCUGAUCCAGACAACUGGUUGUCCAUUGAUGAUAAAACUGGUGACAUUAGAUUGAACAAACUUCCAGAUCGAGAAUCCCCACACCUGAAGAAUGGAACAUACACUGCCAAGAUCCUCUGUAUUACUCAAGACAUUCCCUCAAAGACUGCUACAGGCACCAUCGCCAUCCAGGUUGAGGAUUUUAAUGACCACUGCCCAAGACUGACCAGCCUUGUACAGGACAUGUGCACCAUACAGGGAGCGCUGUAUGUUUCUGCCAUGGAUGAAGACCCUCCACCCAAUGGCAUUCCUUUCACCUUCUCCAUUGUUCCAGAAAAAACCCAGGGAAAAUGGAGCAUUGAGCACUUAAAUGAUACAACAGCCAUUUUGAGGACCCAAGAGACUCUGUGGCCAGGGCCUAAGGAAGUGACAGUGCAGGUGCAUGACCAGCAGGGGCUGUCAUGUCCAGAGCCACAGGUGCUAAAGGUGGACGUGUGCACCUGUGAUAUCAGUGGCCAUUGCUCUCCGGAUGUACGUAAACUGAAGGGCUCAGUACUUGGUGGUGCAGGGAUCAGUCUGAUCCUCCUGGGACUUCUCAUGCUAUUACUCAUCCCACUCUUGCUGUUGUCCUGCCAAUGUGGAAAAGCUGGUUUCGGAGGAGGCUUUGCCGAUAUGCCCUUUGACACCAAAGAGCACCUGAUCUCCUACAAUACAGAAGGGCAGGGAGAAGACCGGGAUGUGCCUUUAUACAUCAGACCAGGAACUGAUGCAACAGAUGUAGGUGGCUGCACAGAGAAUGGCCAUUGGAUGAAUGGCCAAUUCAUGAAUAACCAAUGGGUGACUAACCAUUUGGGGAUUAACCAAACGGUGACUGACAGGACAAAUAUGGCCUGGAAAGAUGAUGGAUUGGCCCUUUCUGAACAAUUCUUGAAUCAUUACUACUCAGGGAAGUGUCAGGAGCUAGAUAGCACUGCCAUGAACUCGUUGCUGGUGUACAACGAGGAAGGUCGUGGGUCCCCUGCAGGUUCUGUGAGCAGCUUGAGCUUCCUUGACUCUGGCAAUGAUCUGGAGUUCCUUAAUGACCUCGAGUCAAAGUUUACCACUCUUGCUGAGAUAUGUGGAGGGACAAAGUUCAUGACAGCCAUCUCAGCUCCUGCUCCUGCUGCUGCUGCUGCUGCUGCUCCUACUCCUACUCCUGCUCCUGUUCUUGCACCUCCUCGUCCAAGACCUACUAUAGAAGCAGUCUCUACAAACAUCAACACCAUCAAUGCUGUUAACACCACCAGCACUGUCAACACUGCCAGCGCUAUUAGCGCACAUGCCAGACCCGCCCAGCCUUCAUCUGUGCAUGUGGAGAGGAAUGUGGUGGUUAACGACAGCCAUACUUCGAUAGUGACCGAUGCGACACCGGCCCAGACUGUGCUGGUGCAACAGCAGCCUUUGUACUACGUGGUGGAGCCACAGGUCCCCAGCACCGUCCUGCUGACCGAGAGGCCUGCCGUCGGCCUGGGGCAGGGCAUGUAUGUGCUGAACGGGGCCGAGGGGGUUCUGGUUCAGGGCUCUGUUGGAGCCCAGAACACAGGCCUGCUGCGGUCAGCUAACCUGUCUGGAUCGCAAGUGCUGUUGGUGGAGAGGGGUGCACAAGGUGGACAGAUCCUCCAGGGCACACUGCAGCGAGGAGGGCCCACUAGCUCUCAAGGUCUGCUGCUAGUGGAGGCGCAGGGUGGCUCUGUGAUAGAUGGAGCCUUGAAGAGAGGUUUUACUACAGCUGGUGGGUUGCACGUGGAAGGGGCGGGGGGGUCAUCGGGAAUUGUUCAUGGCUCGCAGCAGAGGGGCAUGACCACCAGCUCAUGGUCACAGAGUGAGACUGUGGGAUUGAAUGGAAAUUCGUACCAGGUAAGCGGACUUCCAACCUCACGGAAAGUUGUCAUCCAAGAAAAGAAGGUUGUAUCAAGUCAAGGCAAUCUGUAAUGAUAUGUAUAACAUCUUGAAAAAGAGAAUACAGUAACUCCAGUUGUUUGAGGUAAUGUUGUAAAUGCAUUACUAUAAGAUUCAAUUUUUUAUGUUCAGAGGGGUUUUUUAGCUUUGUCUACCUUGAUUACACUGCAAACAUUAUAUACACUUGUCUACCACUGGAAAACAACAUUCAAGACUUUGGUUUGAAAACAAUACAUCCUAAGUGUUUAUUUGUAACACUUUCACAUAAUUGAUAUAGGUUCUGAUUAUAGUUUUGUUUUGUUUUGUUUUUUUGGAAUGAUUUGUUACAAUUUGUUCUUGAAUUUAGCUUUUUUUGGGUUGGUUGUAAUUUAGUCUAUGCGAUUUUGCAAAUGUCAUACUGCAAGUAAUAGGGAUUAACUUUAAAAAGGUUAUAUGUAGACUACCUUGGAAAUUAUUACAUUUUCUACUUCCUCCAAAUGAUCUGCAGUGUCAGUAUUCAGCUCUUUGAUCCACAGUAACAGAGGUGUUUUCAGGUAAAAUUCAGAAACAUGUCAAAAGGCAGAAAAAUUGACUAGGCAAUGUUAGUAUUUGAGUUUAGUCCAGCACGUAUGAGCUCUACUACUGUGUACAGACAGAACAUAGCAAGUCCUGUGUGUUUUAAAACAGAGAAAUCCUACCAUUGUAUGAUGACUCUCAUCCCCCAUGCACUUUGUGAAAGACACAAGCGCUUUCAUUAUUGUUUUGCUUACAUUUGCUAUUAUGAGGAAUAGGUGACUGUCUUUUAGUUGUUGUUUUUUAGGUUUCUUAUGAAUUUGGGUGUGGUUCUUCUGUAAUUAAGUGAAAUGAAAAGUGGAGUCAUGAAAGGGUAUGGAAACACCAAACAUUAUUUGGAUAUCUCACUAAUGCAGUAGUGGGAGUAACAAAAAUACAGUUUCAUGUCAAAGUAUUUUAAAGGCUCGGCAGGGCUUAAAGAUGUUUUACAACUAAUUCACUGCAGAGCUUCAUUCUUUCAGACACUGUUCAAAUGUUUUGAUGUUUUUGUGGUGUAUUAAACCACUCUUCAACAACAGCAGAUCUCCCCAUUUGUUGACCUGGUGGGAGCUGAUAAUGAGGACUCUCAAAAGAAGAAACCCUUCAAGAUGUAAAAAAUUACGAUCACAUCAUGUUAUGUUUGUUCAUUCCUCCAGCAACUAACAUUUGCACGCAUUACAUAAUGUGCUUUUUAAUUAUAAUUUUGUUUACAGGUGGCUUCUGAGUUGUAGCCCUAUUCUAAACAUUAUCAAUCUGACGAUGAAUGGUUUUGAAUUUAAAUGGGUCUUAAAAGUAAUUCUGAGGUCAAUUUAUAAACCAAGGUUAAGUGUUUUUACAGACUCUAUUUUUGAUGUCUUUCAUUAUAUUGUAGCAUGUCCCACUAAUACUUAAAAUUCUUUUGUUUGUUUGUUUUUUGCUUGUUUUUGUCCACCACCUGGUUAGAUCCUAAGCUAUUCGGUCUUUUUUUACAGUGUUAAUUUGUUUUAAAUAUUAGAUUUUACUGAGUUAUUUUACACUUUGUCUUGGUUUUGCCAUGCCCCAUGGUUAAAUUAGAACUGGAUUAUCUGGAUUCCAAAGCCUGUUGCUGUUUCUAAACCACAUUCAACUGUUACACGCCAAAAGUCAAGCAAUGCUAAACUUGAAACACAAAGACAUGUGAAAAUCAGAUUUAAUGGCUUAGCUGAUCCAUAGGUGAUUAAUGAAGAUUCAAACUGUGGAGAAAUUGGUAUUCAUGUAUUAAAUUAAACAAAACACAAGAGUAAUGUAUGGUUUAUCAUUUUUAUGCUUUAGUUCUUGUUUUUGUAGCACUGCAAAACAUUCUGUCAAGAUAAUGACGUUUCCAUUUUAAGGGACUGGAUGUGCUCUUUAAGCAGCCAUUUUUCUACCAGAGCGCCAAAAGUGUGGCUGUUGGACUUGUUCCACAUAGAUAAUUAUUUUUUCUCAUUUACUCAAAUGUAUAACACCAAAAACAAUAAAGUAUGAUUGAAAUAA